AUGGCAACAGAAGAAGAUACGAUUAAUGUGGCGGUAAUUGGUGCCGGGUUCCUGGGCGCUCGCAUCAUCACGGAGAUGUUGCUGCUUGGGAACAACGUCGCCGUUUUCGACGCGAACAUUGCGAAACAAAAACACCCUCAAACAGCUUUGAACGAAGUCGUGGGCAACCUCCUGCUCGAGUCUGACAGGCAAGGUUUGCUGGGCUUAGCAGAAAUGGCCGGGCCAAAGAGCGGCAAGUGGACGCCCUAUGCCGAUGAGCCCCCUCGGCAGGCAAAGGCCUGCUUGUCUGUGGCCGAAGCCGCGACAAAUGCACACAUUGUUCUGGAAGCAGUGCCUGACAAGCUCGAGAUCAAGAGCAAGGUCUUUGCUGAAGCGGUGUCGACAGCCCGUCCUGGCGCCAUUCUUGCCACAAACACGUUGUCCAUCCCGCUUAAGAACAUCCAAGAGGCGGUGAUGGUCGAGGUGGCGGGCAGUGGUCCGAAAGCACACCCGCUGCCUGCCGCACUGCGACCACGCGUGAUGGGCUUGAGAUUUCUCUCGCCAGUGGUGUUUAUACCCUUCGUUGAGGUUACAUUGUCAUCUGAGCAGGAGAAAGGCAUUGACAAAGAAGAUCUUACAGGAAUGCUGCGCAAGUGGGGCAAAGCUUGCUUUAUUUGCGACAUUCAAGGUGCCGUGGAUAAUGCCGAGCAGGACAAGAUCGACUUCAUCCGUGUGGCGCGAGAGCGACUUCGUCUGGACACGGCCACAGCGCAGCGGCGCCAAGUUAUAGAGGCAAAGCUGAGGGCAACACUCCGCAUGGGGCCAGAGGCUGCUUCGCGGACGUGGUCCUCGGACCUCUUCAAAGAGACCAAGUGCUGUAUAUGCCUCGACGAAAAGCCCACUGUCCCGUCGAUGCUUUGCGGCCACGUGGCUUUGUGCGAAGACUGUGCGGGUGUCGUCGAAAGUGGCACAAAGCAGUGCCCUAUGUGCCGUGAGCGAUUUGUGCGUCGGAUGUAG